AAAUCAGGGAUUUCUUCAUAGGGAUCGAAAUUUGCCAUGCCACUGCCAAAGAAAAUUCCUCGAGGUGGAAAAUCCAAAAGUCAAGAUGAAGGUCGUGUGUUUGCAAACCGUUAUCGCGUGGAGAAACGCCUUGGAAGCGGUAGCUUUGGGACUGUUUAUCUUGUGGAAGACGUGAGAGCUCCUGGGGAAUGGAAGGUUUUGAAGGAAAUAUUUGUUGGGGAACUGCAGCCAGAUGAAACAGUAGAUGCCAUGAGAGAAGCAAGAAUGUUAUCUGAUCUAAAGAAUCCUAACAUUGUCAAGUUCUUGGACAGUUUCAUUGAUGGAGAGUUCUUUUGCAUUGUUACUGAAUAUUGUGAGGGAGGUGAUCUUGAUGAUAAAAUUAAGGCUUGGAAGGAAGCUGGGAAGAAAUUUGACGAGUCAUUAAUUCUGGCUUGGUUUAUUCAACUAGUUCUAGCUGUGAAGUAUAUGCAUGAAAAGCGGAUUCUACAUAGAGACUUGAAGACACGGAAUAUUUUCCUUAAGAAUAACUUCAUAAAAUUAGGUGACUUUGGUAUUUCGAGAAUUUUAAUGGGUACAUCUGAUAUGGCUACAACAUUCACUGGGACACCAUACUACAUGAGUCCAGAGGUGCUUAAACAUGAAGGCUACAAAUACAAAUCAGACAUAUGGUCUAUGGGUGUAGUGUUGUACGAGCUGUGUAACCUACAGCAUGCAUUCCAGGGUGAGAGUCUGAUGGGGGUGAUGUACAAAAUUGUUGAAGGGAACCCACCCAAAUUAUCUAAACAUUACAGCAAGGAGUUACAAACUCUCUAUGAGAGGAUGUUAGAUAAGGAGCCUGCUAAUCGACCUAGUGCAAGUGAAGUUCUCAAAAAUGAGUACAUUGCUCAGCAUUUAUCGAAAUUAAAGCAUCAAAUAGACGAUAAACUUGGACACUCCAUACAAGUGACUGAACAGCAAGGUGGAUGUCUGUAUAAAGAACCUGCAGGAAGACCGCUGACACCAAUGGACAAAAUGAAACUUAGGAAACAACAAAAGGCAGAUGAGGAGGCUGAGAGAGUUAAGAGAUUUACCGCCGCCCAGGUCGCUGAAACUCAACAACGAUACUCAUCUCAUAAGAAAAAUCAGAGCCGAGUGUCUCUACCCUGGGUCGCGGAGCAUCCAGACGUAUUUAAUGACGCAGCCUUUACCAUAACAGCCACUGACUCACUGGAGUUUAGUCCCCGCACCUCACCCCAGACAGGAGUGCCGGUUAUGUCACGGAAAAAUAGAGACGAAAAGCAUUGUGUGGAAGCAGAAGCAUCUUUGAGUUUGACUGACGUGUCGGAAAUUCCCGAUGAUGCCGAGCUAGCUGAGACGUUCUAUUCGCAGUUUGAGGAUGACUUUGAAAACGAUGAUAGCGAAGAUGAAUUUGAGAAUGAAGAUGAUUUGAGUGCGCUGAUUGGUCAGAUGAAUGAUGCGUUAGAGCAGACUGAGUCACGCGACCAAAAACUAAGUGAGGGGGACUUGCCAAGUGAAGGUUUCACAGAUACUUGGAGAUACAAGAGAAUCCAGGCACUAAAGGCUGAAGGUGAGAGGCUGCUUGGACCCGAGGCAUUCCGUCGAGUGUACUCUUUUCUUAAACAAGUCCGCUUUGAAAACGAACUCAGAAGUGAAGACUCCAUACAAGACGGGCUGGCCAAGAUUGUCGAUAAACCCAGAGACUGCUUCAUAGUCGAUCAAUUGCUUUUUAUGGAAAAACAGGCAGAAAUUGCUUCAGUCAAUGACACAGAGUGAAUUGGUUCAGUUUGAAGUAUAGUCUAGUAGCUUUGUAAAUAUUAGUGUGAAAUACAACUCGCUUUUUUUCUGUCUUGCA